AUGGAGCUUACUCCCGACGCGUCCCCGCCACCAUCACGGGAAGUAAGCCCAUCUGAGCAUGCCAGGCGUCCCCAGCCACAGGAGCGGUCCCUGGGGAUCUUGGAAGAGGCUGCCGGGUACCUCGUGGAAGCCGAUGGCGACCAGACGGACAAACAGCAGCAGCAGCUGCAGGGGGAGGAGGAGCCGGGUGUUGGCGGCCCGCUAGGAGGAGGCGUGGAUGGGCCGGCAGCUGGCGACUCCGGAGCCGGCGGUGGCGGCGGAGGCGACGGAGAGGAAGCCGCAGGGCAAGAAGACGGGUUGGGGGCAUCAGCCCUAGCACCCGGGGCAGGUCCCGAGGACGGCGACACCGCGGCCGCGGCCGCGCAGGACGAUCGCGAGGGCACCGGCAUUGGCAGCGAGCCGUCUGCUGGCCUCGUGAGCCCGCGCAGCGGCGCCGGCGGCGGCGGUGCCACUCCCGCGCCCACCGUCGCCGGCGCUGCUACUCCUAGUACUGCUGUCCGUACGGCAAUACCUGUCAGUGGCAGCGGCGGCCAUGGCGUCCGGGGCGUCUCCAAGAGCUUAUCCAUGGGCCGCGUAUCGCCCCCCCAUCGCCAAAUCCGAAGCACCAAUACGAUAGCUGUAUCGCGGGAGGGUGUACGGGAUGCCGUACGCACCCCCAGUGCCCAUAGCAGUCGGCCCGCCAGCUCCGCUAUCGCGCCAUCGUCGGUGCCACCAUCUCCCGACAUGUACGGCAGUGAGGGGCCGCCGGGUACGGGCACCAUAAGUCUUUGGCCGCCGGGGCCGUCACUGUCGAGUUCGGGCUACCACCACCUUCCGGGGUCUCCUUUUUUGGAGGAUGUGGAGGUACGAGGGGCCGCAAUGAAGCUGGUCAGCACACCGAGCGCCGCAGCGAGGGAAGCCAAAGAGGUUGGCGCCGGCGGAGCCGGCAGCGGCCGUGGCUCCGCCACGGCGGCGGCGGCGCAGCCGCCGCCGGGGGAGCCGGCGGCAGCGGAGCCGCCGCCGCUGCCGCCGUCCAUGUUGCAUGCGCCGCCGCCGGCUCCUCCCUCCGCAGGUUCAGCUCCCGAGACCUCCUCCGCUCCGCACGUCGCGUCACUCAGCAGCGUCCCCUCCGUGGCCAUGGGCAGUACGGUGGUGGCUGUGGGCCGUAACCGGCCGCUGCUGAUGCCCUUCCUGGAGCGCCAGGCCGCCGCUCUCGCCGCCGCCGCCGCUGCCGGCGACCCGGCAGUGGCCGGGCUGCCGCCGGCGGCUGCGGCAGCCAUGGCGGUGGCCAUGGGCCCCGCUGUUGGCCGACGUCACGGCACGCACGGCUCCAUCCGUCACGGGCCAGCUUAUUUGCAACAACCCGCCAUGCCACUCCCCGGCUCGGAGAGCUCACCGCCUAGGGAGUCCAGCACGUCCGUGUCGAGCGCCCGUCGGGCGGCGGCAGAGUCGCACCGGGCGGGCAUGUCGCCGCUGGAUACGCCUCUGCCACUUCGCACGCCAGCCGCCACCACUGACGGGGACCAAGGAGACGUGGGACGGCCGCCGCCGCCGCCGCCUCUAUACCCCGCGGCGAGUCGCGAAUGGGACAAGCGGAGCGGCGGCGGCGCCGGAGGCAGCGGCUACGCCGCCGGAGGCGGCGUAGCCGCCGUCAAAGCCGCGGCGGCGGCCGUCGCAGCUGCCGCCGCCGCCGGCAAGGCCGGCGGCAGCACCGCCGCCGCCGACCAUCAGCUGUUGUUGGGUGAGGGGAUUCAGAUCCGCAGCAUUCACAAGACGGGUGCGGCGCCGGGUCUGGAGCCGCCGUCGGUGUCGCCGUCGGGCCUGGUUGGAGUGCCGGGACGACGAGGACGCCGCAUGCCCCGCCACGCCAGCACCACCGCGGCGGCCAUGGCGGCGUACUUCGCCGGCGUAGAGGCUUCCAUUGCGGAGGGUGAGAAAGGUGCGGACACGAUGCUGCUGCCGAGCGGCUUGGCGAGACGGCUCAAAGCGGCGAGGAUGAUGGCGCAAGGCCCACCAAGGUUCCAGCGGCGGCCGGAGCCGGCGCCGCCGCCGUCUCCGUCAGGCAUCAAGCUGGAUGGAUUCAUGCUGCUCGAAGCCGCCGACGAGGAGAUGCCGGAAGCCGUACAGUUUGCGAGCUUGGAGUCGCGCCACAUCAGCGCCGUCGAGUCCGCCGACCUGUCGUACUUUGUCGCGCUCCGAAAUCUCGACGUUUCGGACAACAAAAUCCCGGACCUAAUCUGCCUGGCGACGCUGCAAGCGCUUGUACGGCUACGCGCCGCCUCUUGUCGUCUAAGUACUCUCGGACCAUGGCCAGGAAGCUUGCUUGGUGGCGGCGGUAGCGGCGGCGGCGGCGGCGGCGGCGUCCCGCUGACAACCAGGAGCGCAUCGACUGUACUGCGACGGAAUCGUACCUCGAAAAGGGCCGACGCCGCUGCUGUCGCCAGCGGUGGAUCAGCCGGUACGACGGAACCGGGGGAGCCGUACGAGUCUUGGACGCUAGGGCCUGACGGGAACGGCCAGGGGGAAGCUGCCGCCGCUGCUGCCGCUGCCGCAGCCGCAGCGGCGGCGUCAGCGGCACCGCCACGAGUGGAGCCGUCGGUGGCCUCUACGGCGUCGGAGACGGCGGCAGGUAGCGGCGGCGGCGCCGUACUGGCGACGCCGGCGCAUUCAGCGGAUUUGUCGCUGGUGGCAUCGUUGCUGGCACCGGUCAACGGUCGGCCGUUUCAAUACCUGGAAAUUCUGGAUCUCAGUUUCAACCACCUACAACCGCACAUGGUGCUACUGCCAACCUCGCCGCUAGCGCUACUGCCCAGGCUGGCGGAGCUCGAUCUAUCGUCCAACCACUUUAAGCACCUGCCGUCGCCGUCAGACAUCACCACGGCCGCGGCCCGGGUGGCGGCAGCGGCGGCGGCGGGAGUGCCGGCGGCGGCGGCGACGGGCGGGUUGGCGUUUCCAGCGCUGCGGCGGUUGCGGUUGGCGGAUAACGGCCUCAAGGGGGGCGCCAUCGCCUCUCUCGCCGCUCUGGCACCCCCCUCCCUCACGCACCUGGACUUAUCCCACAACGCCAUCUCAGCAGCACCCCGCCUCAAAUUUCUGGAGGUGUCGACAACGACGACGAUGAUGAUGAUGGUUUCGGGGCCCGAAAACAGCUCCGCUUCGACGGAUUACGUUACGGGAUCCAACAACAGCAACCGUCUCUUAGCCGGGGGAAGCAACGCCAACGGAAUUGCAACCGCCAACGGUGAUGCAAACGGUGUACCACCUCUGUACGGCAACGGUGCUGCUGGCCUUUCGCCAACGCACCCGCAGCAAAUCCCGCACCAAAACCAAAACCAAAACCAGCAGUCCUCCUCCUCCUUAGCACACCAGGAUCGGGAGCGAUACGGCAGCGUGCUGACGCGGCUGGUGGUGUUGGACCUGUCGUACAACAAGGUGGACACGGAAGGUGCCGUCGCGGCGUUGACACACCUGCCGUCGCUCCAGAAGUUGCUUCUGGCGGGUAACCCCCUGGUAAUCGCGCUGCAGCGCCCAAGCUCCAACCGCGAUGCCGCCGCCGCUGCCAAGUACGACAUUGGGGAGCCCAACCCGAACCCCGCUCGUCCAUCCGUGGCUUCCUCCCUCACCGCCCGCUUCGCGAGUGUACGGGAGGCCGCUCCGAAGCAGCAGGCGAACACGCUGGCGGCGGCGGCGGCGGCGGUCAUUACGGCAGCGGCGGCGCCGGAGCGAGUCUCGGAGGCGUACGACAGGUUGGACGCGACCAUUGAGCAGUGGCGGCUGAAUACGGUCGUCGAGGAGGACGAGGAGGAAGAGGAGGACGACGGCGAGGAGGGAGCCGACGACCGCACCUUCCUCACAGGCGUCCGUCUUCAGGAGCGUCAGCAACGCCGCAAGAACAGCGCCGCCGCCGCCACCGCCGCCGCCAGCGCCACAGGUGCCGCCGUACCUGGUGACGUCGACGGCCUGUUGGAGUCCGUGGCGGAGGGCCCUGAGGAUGGUGACGGCGCCGCCGCGGCGGCUGCUGCCGCCGCCGCCGCGGCUGCGGCUGAGGAGGAGCCGCCGCUGUGGGAGUCGAUUACCGACCCGACGGAGCGCCUUGCGGUGGCCCUGGGGCUCGAUCCCGUGACCUUGCCCAUGCACACCGGCGCGCUGACGACUGACUCGGCGGGCGCCAUCGCGGCGCUACGCUUCGCCCUUGCGCACCCUCUUGUGGAAGCCAACGACGGCCUGGCGCCGCACCCCGGCUACCUAUCCGCUACGACCGCCACACAACUGAAGCGCAAGCCGCGGCGGCCGACGCCGACACAGCGGCUGGCGCCGAUGGGCAGCGGCACGGGGGGCGGCGGCGGCUUCGCCACCGCCGCCGCGGCGGCGGCUGUACCGGCGGCGGCAGCCGCCGCCACCGGCGGUGGCACCGCCGCUAAGGCCAUCAAAGUCCAGACCGUUGAGGCGAUGUUGGAAGGUAUGAAGGGGAAGCUGGCGGCGUUAGAAGCCAACUUGGCCGCCCAGCUGGCGGCGGCGCCGUCAGCCGAGGCGGUACGGCGCGCGGAGGCGGCCAGUCGCGAGCGCUAUGGGGGCCUGAGAAGGCGCGGCAACGCCGAGACCGACAGCGAGGAAGGUGACGACGACGCCGUCAGUACGGGCAGUGGUCUGCCUGAGGACGUUAUUGAUCAAAUUGAGCGCGAGAGUGCGAGUGAGGAUGAGGAGGACGAGCAAGCGGUGGAGGAGGAAAUGGGCCCUAUGGAUCCUAAGCAGGGCAUCGUCCUUGUGGCGGAGCAGCUCGGCGCGGAGUCCUCCGCCACCGACGUCGCCGCCAACGGUAACAACGGUAACGGCCUGAGCUCCUCACCGCCCAGCCGUGUGGUAAUCGCUGACUCCUCUCCGCGUACGGGAGCCAGUGGCGGGUCGCCAAGACGAGUCAACGCAGCUCCAAGUGUGGGCGGGUCAAGCAGCGCCUCACCGCGUAAGGGCGUGUCGAUUGUCGUCAGCUCGCAGUGA